UUGAUUGGUGAAAUUCUGGGGUGACUUCACGCAUGACUUGCUCUCAAGAUAUUUGUGAUGAAUCCAUAAUGUGUUGAUUUUGCACAAUAAGACGCUUGCUUCGCCGAACCAAAUCAAACUUAAUAGCCAUAUUGUUUACCGGUAGUGUCUAAUUCCUAGUGAAUAGCGAUCUUUCUGUACGUAUUUAUUUAAGUUUACAUUAUUAUUUUGUAUGUAACAGAUUAUAUAAAUUUGGAUAAAUUAGGAUGUAGGUACAUAUACAUAGUUAUUAUCUCUCUUAUUAAAAGUAUGCUAGGUAACUCGUAAUAACCAGCAAAUCCUAUCAACUAUUGGUAGACCUUAUAUCUUGCCAGAAGGACUACGAAUUGUCAAUUAAUUGUGGACGACCGGUACCUACCGUAUAAAGAUCGGUUUAUAUAUGCAGACGUUGAGCGUGCCAUGCAGACAGUGCACAGACAGACAAAACAAUAAUAUUCUAUACAAUGUCUAUUAACGUAUUCAUAUCUAUCGUUACACGGCCGCGCAGACGCCGACCGACAACUGUAUUUAAAAAAUAAAAUUUUGUGUCACAUAUUUCAUAUUUGAUACAAGCUUUCAUCGCUGAUCGUUAACAGUACUUUCAACAAUCAACGAAUGGCUACUCAUCGAGACAAUUGUAUCAAUUCCAAGCACAAUUAGGCAUGUUGCAUUUUAUUUUAUCACAGAAUUCCUAUGGCCACCUCCUGUCUCCAUCAUCAGAUCAGUAUGAUGGUUCUACAUUGUCACCCAACUUAGAUAUGACCCGAACGAUAAUAUUACAAACAUUGCAAGUUAAAUAAAAGCUUGUAAAAAUGCAUGGCAUGUCUGUAGAUAUAAACCGACUUUAAUAGAGAAAACUAACUAUAUAGAAAAGCGACGCGCGGCAAACCUCACAUUAAUUGCCCCGUCUAGACUCGAGGCGGAGGCAUGCUUCAACACUCGCAACUUAGUUCCACCACUUUGCUCCAGCUAACUUUAUACCUCCAUGUUUGAUAUUAAUUUGUAUUGAAACAGCUUCAUUUAAUAGAUAUUCGUAUUAAGGUUUCCCGCGAUACUAAGAUUAUAUGCGAAUGUUUGAAAUUUUUCUUAAUGCUGUUUUUCUUCUUUUACAGGUCAAAGUGUGAUGAGUACAGUGAUCCAGUGGUAAAUAAUGGCUGUGAACAGCCCUGGUGGUUACCCCCCUAUCUCCCCCAAACCUCACACCCCUAAAAGUCCUCGUCACUUUGUCUUCCCACAAAAGAGUCCCUCGGUCGCAUCUAGCACCUCCUCUUCUGGUUACUACACCCCUCAGUCUGGAUGCAGCUAUGACAAGCACAAUCAGCCUCCCAAGUCGCCGCUAGCGCACGGACAUCGCAGCCCCAUGAGUCCCAGACAUUUCAAUUUUCCCCAAAAAUCUCCAUCCGGACGCUCGAGCCCUUGCAAUCCUAGCCUCGACAGGCAAAACUUGCACUACUCCGCAUCUCUGAAGCACGGUCGACGCGAGAAGUCCCGAUCACCAAAACCGCCGCCUGUUCAUAUACACACCAACCCCGGCUAUGUAUCUCCCAAUCGCACGAGAAAAUUGUACGGCUCGUCAUCCACUGUCGGUUCCCCCAGGCUAGUGACGUCACCCAGCAUUGUCUCCAGUCAUACUGACGAUUCGAUGGAUGCCAUGCCGGGCACUCCUUCUGCAAUGCUUAACGAUGCUGAUGACGAAGCGACAACAACGUCCUCGAGGAUCUGCCGCAAAUCUACAUCAGAUCUUACAGAUAUCACAGACGACACGCCUCAAACCCGAUCGACCAGUAUUAGUAGACCCUGCUCGCCUAUGCGAAGAGGUUCCAUGAAAGGCGGUCUUGCAUAUCUAGCCAGUAGAAGAGGCUCAAGAGAGUCGACGAUGUCAAAUUGUGAUUCGGUGGAGGACAUCGGUCCUCUAAAUUUUCAAAAUACGAUGCGUGGUAGACAACGGCGGACUUCAAAUUUUUUAGAAUUGCCAGUGGUGGAGCACUCUCGGCCGCGCGUGUGCUCGCUGCCCGAGAAGCCGUACAACCCGCGCAUCUCGGACGACCUAUACCGGCUGCGCACUUUCUCCAUCACCACCAAGGGCGGGGUCGUCAACUGCGGCGACUCCAUCUGCAACCGCCGCUCGCGCUCCAACACCUCCGUCAACUCCACCAACAGCAGGGCAUCGGACCGGUCCCCGUUCGACGGGUCCUGCUGCUCCGGCUACCGGCCCGUGGACUCGGCGAGCCUCGACACCCCUGACGAGGAUGAAUUAGAUCCGAUACCUAAAUACAGAGUGGUGUUGCUCGGCGACGCUGGCGUCGGGAAGACUGCGCUCGUCUCCCAAUUCAUGACAUCUGAGUACAUGAACACUUACGACGCGAGUCUGGAUGAUGAAUUUGGCGAGAAGUCAGUGUCAGUACUUUUGGACGGGGAAGAGUCUGAGCUUAUAUUUAUCGACCACCCCAGUACUGAAAUGUCGGUGGAAAACUGCUUGUCAACCUACGAGCCUCACGCCUGCGUGGUGAUAUACUCAGUGGUAGCCAAGAGCUCCUUCACCCGGGCCGGCGAGGUGCUGGCGUACCUAGCCAGGGAACUGUUCACGGUGGAGCGGACCGUGGUGCUCGUCGGCAACAAGGCUGACUUGGCUCGGGCGAGACAGGUGUCUACUAAUGAGGGCAAAGCGCUAGCAACGUCCCGCGACUGCAAGUUCAUCGAGACGUCGUCGGGCAUCCAGCACAACGUGGACGAGUUGUUGGUCGGCAUCCUCAAGCAGAUCCGCCUCAAGGAGACCCGCGAGAAGAAGCAGGCCAAGAAGGUCGGGAAGCAGGAAUCGAAGCCUUCGAAGCUGGCUAGCUCCCGGACACAUAUCUCUCUCAGUAUCGCGAGGGAAUUGCUCCAGAAAAUCUGCAUCAACGACAUUUCCAAGUCAAAGUCGUGUGAGAAUUUACAUGUCCUUUAAACUUAAGGUUGCCAGGUAUACUUAUAACAAAAGGAUAGUAGCGAAGGUUGAUUCGCGGAAGCUGGCGCGGAUUUUGUUUGAGUUUUGACAGUUCAGUACGAAUCUCGCGCCAGGUCUUAUGAUCAGCCAGGCUUAACGGAAAGUAGUGCAAAUAUUGAAGACUAAUGUAGAGGGCGCAGUAUGGUCCAGUAACACAGUAAGUAACUAGGACGGUUGUCAAACGCCGAUUCAUUUUCCACAAAUCGUAUGGUACAGUCAAGGAAUUUAAUUUCAGUACCUUUUCGUACUUUGUCACGGUGAAAAUAGUAUGAGAUCCCUAGUGACAUUCAUAUUUUAUGUUCCUAUGAUGAUUGACUGUACCAUCACCUCCAUGUGACAAAUUUGCGAUUACAAUAUUUUGCACGACUUUGCGCGUAUUUAUUUUCUUUAGCUAUGCAUUAUACCAAAGAUACCUAGUUUGUCUUUGGAAUAGAAUGAGAUGUUGGAUUUCUGUUAUAAUAGCUAAGAAUGCAAUUAUUGGUCUAAGGUAUAAUUAAAACUCUUCUAAAAGAGUGAAAAUUGUCAAAGACAAAGUAUUUUCGUACUAUUUCAUGUAACCAGUCAUAGAAUUCCAACAAUGACAAUAGAAACGCAGAGCGACAGUUCUAUUCCAAUAGGGACCGUGCGCGUUGGAGGGUCUGCCAUCUUGGGGCCUGAAUCGGAACGAAAAACAUGUACAUUUAUACGUCAAGUGUUUUCUUGUGCAUAGUUGGUUCUACCAUCUUGUGGGCUACAUCGGAACAAUAAACAUCAAAUUUACGCCUCGCGCCAAAAAUCUGACGGCUCCUGUGCUGCCUCCUACAGUUCAUGCACGCUCCCUAUUAUACCGAUAGUAUUCAAGUACCACUAACGUGGCUGAAAACGUGCAUGAAUACAUAAUUUGAUACCCGAUUGAUUUUGACAUGUGUAGCGAAACCUUUACGGCAGUCUAAAAACAUGACAUAAAUUGAUUAUAGAUUACGCGGAGAAAAACGAUUUUGGAGCAUAUUUAUUGAUGGAUAAGAUAUGUCUGAUUUUAUUUAGGUUUGUUUGAGGUACAGUCAACCAAUAUGAAUCCUAGGCCACUAUAGAACCUUGUCGCUUUAACUACUCUAUACAUGACAUGCAUCACUCAAUAAGCACUGUCGUAGAAGUCAUUAUAACAUGCUUCUAUAGUGGCCUAGGAAUCAAAUUGGUUGACCGUAUUUAUAGUUGUAUGACUGACACUUGAACUUUAGUGAAUUUCUUUAGCGCUUUGAUUUUAGGUUGUGUAUAUUUCUCUUUAAACUAAUAUAAUGAGUAGGUGUCCUCUUAAAAUAUAUAUUUUUCGCAAAAUGGACUGAAAGUUAGACUCUUCCGAUUUAAAAUUAGAAGGCGAAAUGCAUAGUAUAGUUGAAGAACAUUUUAAUGUCAUUUUUUUCCUGAUUUUUAGAUACAACCUCAAGUAUUCUACUCGACCCAAUAAAUAUCCCGGCUUCCGACUCAAAACAAAAGACAGGUCUUUUGAGUCGGGCUCUAACCAGCACAGUGAAAGUCACUAAACUCGCGUACAUUUAGAUUUGCAACGUAAUCUUAUUUAACAUAAAAUUAUAACAAAAAUGUUCAGUGAUUUCAUCAGUUCAGAUUCUUCAGCCUACGCUGUACAUGCUCUUUUCCAUGUUACUUUUGUAUAGAACAAGGCUCGAAAACCGGCGAAAUUUCCAAACCGUUAUUAUGUACUUAGCGCAAAACCUUUUAAUUUCAGUUUAGUUCGUAAAACCGUCUUUUAAAACCGGUUUUAAGAAGAGCAUUUCCAUAUAGUUCUUGUCAGAUUAACCGGUUUAGGACAAUAAAAACCGGUUUCUGCUAUCUUACCGUGUCUUUGUUUACGCAGCACAUCAUCAGGCCGGCCGUUUGUCUCGUUGUUCGUCGAAUAAACCGGUUUAUUUCGGUUACAAUAAAGUUCGUAUAACAUUCGAGUUCUUAUGAAAGUUUUGGAGUAAAACCGAAAUAAACCGGUAUCUAAAGUUAGUAGAUUCAAUGUCGUAAAUUCAAUAUUUUUGUGGUAGUAGCGGAUGAAACAACGCGCCAAUAGUAUCUGAUAUUCCGGAUAACUUUUCCAAAUAUACAUAAUUUACAGUCUUAGUUGUUCUAUAUUAAAGACAUCACUUUUUGUUAAGCUGUUAUAGAAUGGAGAUACUUAUGAAACGUUAUUUGAUCCGCUACUUUUGAUGCUGACUGUACAUCGUAAAUUUCAACAAUAAUUACAGAUUAUUUUUCCGGCUAUUAGUAUAAAUCCUUUGCCUAACAAUUACACUGUAUAUAGUUUCAUAAUUAAUCAAUAUGCAAUUAGAGUCAGACCAAAAUAAGUUGGCAGCGAUUUUGACAGCCCAAACAGUGCAACUAUUAUUUUAAACGUCAAACUUGUAUGAAAUUAUGACGUAUACUUAACACCAGCACAGGCUGAGCUAUCAAAAUCGUUGCCAACUUAUCUUGGUCUGACUCUAUAUACAAGGUGCCCGUGAGCAUUGCGAGAAAUUUUAACUAAGCAUUCCUGGUAAUAUUUAAUAACUAAAAUGUCAUACAAUUUUCUGGAUUAGGCCUAGUUUCAGAGAUAAUUAAAUGUUUUUCCAAAUCAUUCUAUCGCCAUAAGUCGGUACAAAACACAUUUUUGACUGCGGUAUUGCCAUUUUGAGGUCUAGUCUGCACAUAACUAUUGAUUGACAUCGAAAAAUUAAAAAAAUGUAUUGGAGAGGCUACCCCCAAAAAAAAAACUUUUUAGUUAAUUUUAGGUUAUGUGUUUAUCAAUAAAAAUUACGUUUUAUGUUAAAAAAAACGGGAUAAAAAAAAAAAGAUUUUUUUUGUCGAAUUUCACAAAAAGUCAUAUAACAUGUUUUGCUUCUGUUGCCAUCAGGAAUGCACCGUUAAAAUCUCUCGCAAUGCUCACGAGCACCUUGUAUAUUCACAAAGAUGGUUUUAAUGUGUACUACUUAAUCUAAAAUUAAUAACGUCAAUGUAAUUUAAUGGCUAUCUGGAUUACUUUGCAUUUUCACAGUGAAAUUAAGUUUUAGUUAAUUUUCGUCUUAAUAUAAGUAAAUGUCAGUAUUAAGAUAAGUCUUAGAAUAACUACUUCAUACGCUUGUUUAGAAAAAGAUGUUAUAAGAUGUAAUCAUUAUGACUUAAAUAUAGGUGUUAACUAUUAGACUCUUAUUAUAUUUUUCUAUCUAAAAAUACUUUUUACAAGUUUUACAUUUUACGAAAAUGUUUUGAACUUUUACCUGUGUUACUACUGUUAAAUAAAUGUACACUUCCCAUAUCUACUUCAUGUGAAAUAACAGUUUUUUCGAAAAAAAAAUGUGUUUUAUUAAAUAUUCUAAACGUUUCAAGAAAAUAGGAGCUGGUCGCUGUUGCGUCUGCCUAUCAAUAUUAUUUCUGAUAUGAAAAUCGAAACGAAUGCCACCGGUACUGAGUUUGUAUGGUGAGAUCAGGGAAUUCCCGGUUUCGGUACUGUAUUUGUAUAGAAAACUAGUACCGGAAUGCAGUAUUCCGCACGACCGACGACUCUCUCUCGUAAACUACCCUCGUUUACGCCAUUAUUGUCAAAUAAUGAGUUGCACACAACACUCACUACGUCAUUCGCUAAUGGUUCGUCCACACUGUCCACCGACGUAGUACCCAACACAGGUUUCCAACUCGGAGGCACUGACCAACCACAAUCACGGUUAAAAUUCUGAUGACUAAUUUCUAUAGCCAGCCGUACUUUUCGCUGAACCACAUUUUUUUCUUUCGCCCGCACGGUUACCUUAUUGAAACGUAUACAGUGAGUCGAAUCACUAUUUUACGACGAACCGGCCCGCGCCGUGUCAUCGAGCGCGGAGGGCUGCGGCCCGCUGUCUACGGCGGUCCGACAACGCAAGCUCCUAUGUCGUCAGUUCGAGAAAUGGGCCCCUUGGCAUAUUUAUCAGUCUAAGCCAGAAGUGGUCUCGAAAAAAAUAGCUUUUCAAUUAAAUAAAAAUCGACCAAGUGCAUCAGUGUUGGGUUCCGUAGUUACCAUUCUGUCAGAAUGGGCUAAAUAAACGGGGACUAUAAUUUAGUAAGUAGCAUGAACAUUAUAAGCAUAAAGGAGUUCCUAGUUGACUACGAAACCCUAAAACAAUAUUUUUACUGAAACUUCCAUCAAUGAAUAUUACAAAAAGCCUGGAAUUUCAAUUCCAAUAUUACAUCUGAAGUACGCAAUACAGGCUAAUCAAUCAAACCUAUUUUAUCUCGGAUGAUUGAUAUAGGACAACCUUGUUGUUUUCCAGUUCAGUAGACAAGGGAUUUUCAUAUCAAACGCGCUGACACCUGUCGAAAGAACAUUCCUAUAUUAAAAGCCCUCACGUAGCCAUUUUGUUCCUGGGAUCUGUUUAAAGUAACGGUCGAACGAACAGUGUAAUUGCUAUAAAAGCGUCUGAUGUAAGGUGUUUAAUGUUUUAACUUUAUUUCCCCUUUCCCGAUAUUUGGUCCGGAUAAACGCGUUUAUUUAACUUUAUUUACAAUCAGUGAAAUGUUAAAAAGUCUUUGAAGCCAUUAUGAAAUGAUGUAUUUUUACCGAAAUAAAUAUAUAGAGAAACUCUGCAGAUAACAGUAAUUUCAAAACCUGAAAUAGAUGUCAUAUAUUAAAGAAAAUUAGCCAAGAACACGUCUGGCUAUGCUCAGUAUAGGGUUCCGCAUCUGUCAAAAGAGCUUAAUUAAAAAUAAGAAAGAAAAAACAUUUUUGUUUCAAGCUUUUAUCGCUGACUGUACCUUUCUUUCCACAGGCUACUAAUACUCAUCGAGACAAUUCUAAAAACCCCAAACACAAUUUGGUUGCGUUGUUUUAUCACAGAGUUCCUGCGGAUACCUCCUGUCUCCAUCAUCAGAUCAGCUCGGUUGUACCAUAAUAUUGCAUUAUUACCCGACUUACAUAUGUCUGCAAAUUUUCAGCUUCAUUGGAAACCGGGAAGUGGGUCAAAUUUAACUUGCAAGAUUUGAUUACAGAUCGACAGACAACAGGACAGGUGAAACUAAAUAAAAGCUUGUAACAAACUAACAUUAUUUUGAACUUUCGGAGGGAUUAUUUCUAUUCACUUUACCAAAUAACAAGUAAAAGGGAACACCUUCGCAGCGUUUCAUACGUCUUUUACUAAGAAGGGAAGACUUUUUGCGAUAACUCAAAAACAACUGAUCAGUUCCGCUAUAGUUUUCAUUGAAUGUCUUUAUUAAGUUUUACUUUUGUGUUUUUUUUUUAUAUAUUUUUUGGUCCCAUGGUUCAAAUGUUAGAGGGGGAGGGACACAUUUUUUUUCUUUUGGAGCGAUUAUUUUCGAAAAUAAUCUUUUAUUCAAAAAAUGGAUGUUGGAGACCCUUAUACCUAUCCAACGACAUCCCACACUGUAGAAAUAAAGUGAAAAAAAAAAUCCCUAAAAAAA